AUGGCGGAAAAUAAUUACGGUCGAUUUACUGUUGGAAAAUUGAAAGACGAGUUAGCUAAACGAGGUGCAUGGACAACGGGCAGAAAAGAGGCACUUAUUGAGAGAAUGGUAUCUGAUCAUGGGAUGGCCCAUGAUUUAAAAACACUGCAGAAAGGAGAGGAGUUGAUGGAAAGUGAUCGAGUUUCUGCAUGCAAAUAA